CAGGGGUUUAAGCCAGCGUUACGUUUGGUGGUUUUCAGAGAGGUUUUACGGUCAUCGGGUAAUUUCUCUGAAAAAAGCAAGGUUUUUUCCUGUGGAUAUUAUGGGGUCAGGCGAAGAAUGAUAUGAGAUCUUUCCCCGUUCGGUGGUUCGAUAGAGAAUUCUGUUGAUUCUUCGUGUUUAUCCGAUCUUGCAUUGUCCGGAGAACUCGCCGGAGAUCCUGUCUGUCUUGUCCGAAACUUUUGAGCCCUUGAACCGGGUUCUUGUUUGGAACAGCUUGAUGUAUGAAUACCCGAGAAAGGCUUUGUAUUCGUGAUCAUAUGAAAUGGUAUCUGAACCAUGGUGCUGCAGAACAGGCUAGACUAUGGGUUCGGUGGGUAUGUGGUUCCGGCCACACCUCGAGCCGCAAGAUCAGCUAGAAGGAGUGCUUUCAAGAAGAAAGGCUUCGACCAAGAGAUAUCUCGGUUCGACUUGUUGGCUGCUGUAGCUGGAAAUCUUCUGCUCGAGGGUGGAAUCUCUUCCUCCUCGAGCAACAAUGCCUUUGAUAAUGGAGAUAGAUGUGCAGUUACACAGAGCCAAACAGUGAGGGAAGAAGCUCGUGUCGGUGAUGAUGCUCACCCGAGAUUCUCUGUCUCCGAGAUCCUUCCGGAAUCUCAUAAAAUACAAGGCUUUAACAGAUCCCUGAAUCCUCCCAAAGAUCCCUGUCUCGGGUCUACCUCUGUUAUUACAUCCUCUGAUUCCUCGGAGAGGUUUGGUGCUCGAGAUGUGACGUAUGGAAUCAAGAUCCAAACUGUAAGUCCAGAUGGUGGAUAUGGGAUCAGGUCGGAGAAUAAUGAGAAUGAAUCAGUGGUCAGAUGCCUGAACAAAAAAGUGAAGUCGUUAGGGGAUGAUGCGGUACCAAAGAAUGAGCAUCCUCGUAUACCGGCUUAUGGGGAUUCAAUUCCUCAAAAUCCUUUGCUUGUAGAUCAAGAUGACGUAGAUUUAGUUAAUAGGGAAAAUGAUGAUGAUGACGAAAACUCAGCUCGGGUUCAUGUCAGUGGCGCGAUGAAAUCGUUUAGGUCAACAAUCCGUGUUGGAGAUAGAAGAAUAAGGAAAGUAUUGGCCUCAAAGUAUUGUACAAUCUCCCCAAAACCAACGGACACAACACUAACUAAUUCAAAUGUGGAUUUGAAGCCCGGAUACUGCGGCAAGAGAAAUUAUUUCAGGAGCCUAAGAUCGGAGAGGAACUAUCCGAUCAAGAAGAGAAGGUAUUUUGAAUGUUUUAAAUCACCAAAGUCGGAAGCAACAGUCAAGAAGGAAAAUCAUUGUGAUUCUCCUCACAAGCGCACCGCCGGUGAUAACAAUAGAAAAAAUACUCCUUCAGCCUUUUCAAUGUCCACAUCUGGUCAGAAACCGAUAAUCCAGUCAAGAGAUUCUCACGUGAGGCUCAGAAUCAAAUCCUUUAGAGUGCCUGAACUUUUCAUUGAAAUCCCAGAGACUGCCACCGUUGGUUCGCUAAAGGGGAUGGUCUCGGAGGCCGUGAACGCUAUUCUUGGCGGCGGGAGAGUUAGAGAUGACAAUAAAAUGCUUCUUCAGACCGGAGUCUCUCUAGACAGUCUUUCAGAUGCUUUAGGGUUUUGUCUUGAGCCUAACCCUUCCCGAUCCGCUAAACCCUUUUGUCCCGAAGAUUCUAACUUUCUGCUUCCUUGUAAUGCACCUCCUCAACCCCUGACCAGGAGCCGUAAUGAACACAGACCAUCUGCACCCAAAGCAAUGUCGGAGAACUCAAGAGCCUUGGUUCCUGUCCCGCCUCUGAACGCUGAGACCAUAACGGUAAAUCUGCCACGGAAACCAAAGCGGUGUGAGGUGGCACAGCGCAGAAUCCGUCGACCCUUCUCUGUUGCAGAAGUAGAAGCCCUUGUCCAGACCGUCGAGAAGCUUGGCACUGGAAGGUGGCGCGAUGUGAAGUUGCAAGCUUUUGAGAAUGCAAAGCACCGGACAUACGUGGAUUUAAAGGACAAAUGGAAGACGCUGGUUCACACUGCGAGAAUAUCGCCGCAGCAAAGGAGAGGAGAUCCUGUUCCACAGGAGCUCUUAGAGAGAGUACUGACGGCUCAUGCCUACUGGUCUCAGCAACAAGGGAAACCUCAUCAUCAUCAUCAUCACCAGAUUCCGACACAAAGGCUGGAGACCAGGCUGGUUCUCUAGUCAUGGAUUCUUUUAAGACAACCUCGCGAUCCGAAAAAAUGGGCAUCGUGAGAUGAAUCUGGGUUUCUUUCUUUUUUGGUCCUUCCUAUACAUUUGUUCUGUUCCUCGUGUUGAUUUGAUGUAAAAGAGAAAGGAGAUGAAGAAAGAAAACAUACAGUGGGGUGGAAAUAGAAUCGUGUAUAUGUUUCGUCU